UUUUUUUUCUUUCGGCUUUUGGCUGCCCAUAACACUUUACUCAUUUUCCAACCUUUUUUUACUGGUUCUUCUUCUCUCUCAGUCGCAAGUUUAACAACAUCAAAAACAAAGAGGCUUAAACAUUGGCCAAACAAUUUUUAAAAAAAAGCCUCAUUAAUGGACGGCUGGAUCACGAGCUUUAUCUCUGCAACUGAUCUCUUGCCGUUCAUCCUCUUCUUCUAUCUUCAUUAGCAGUGAUUUAGCGCGGUUGUUGUCACAUAAUGGAGACUUGUGAUUGUAUUGACUCACAGUGGCCACCUGAAGAAUUGCUUGUUAAAUAUCAGUAUAUAUCGGAUGUUUUAAUCGCACUUGCGUAUUUCUCAAUUCCAUUAGAGCUUAUUUAUUUUGUUCAGAAAUCUGCAUUCUUCCCGUAUCGAUGGGUGCUUAUGCAAUUUGGUGCUUUUAUCAUUCUUUGCGGGGCAACACACUUUAUAAACUUGUGGACAUUCACUAUGCAUUCUAAAGUUGUUGCUAUGGUGAUGACCAUUGCCAAGGUUGCAUGUGCUAUUGUAUCAUGUGCGACUGCAUUGAUGCUUGUACAUAUUAUUCCUGAUCUGUUGAGUGUUAAAACUCGGGAACUAUUUCUGAGGAACAAAGCCGAGGAGCUUGACAGGGAAAUGGGACUUAUUCUCACUCAAGAAGAAACUGGAAGGCAUGUAAGGAUGCUAACUCAUGAAAUCAGAAGCACGCUCGACAGGCAUACGAUAUUGAAGACUACCCUUGUUGAAUUGGGUAGGACCUUGGGUCUGGAGGAAUGUGCCCUUUGGAUGCCAUCAAGGACCGGUAUGGAUUUGCAACUUUCUCAUACUCUCAAUUACCAAAUACAAGUUGGAUCUACUGUGCCAAUAAAUCUUCCCAUGGUCAAUGAAGUCUUCAAUAGUGCUCGAGCGAUGCGUAUACCAUACACUUGCCCACUAGCCAGGAUCAGACCUCUAGUGGGAAGAUAUGUGCCACCAGAGGUUGUUGCUGUUAGGGUACCCCUUCUACAUCUCUCAAAUUUCCAAAUUAAUGACUGGCCUGAACUCUCUGCAAAAAGCUAUGCAGUUAUGGUUCUUAUUCUCCCCACGGAAAGUGCCAGAAAAUGGCGAGACCAUGAAUUGGAACUUGUCGAAGUUGUGGCAGACCAGGUCGCCGUUGCUCUUUCACAUGCAGCUAUUCUGGAGGAAUCCAUGCGGGCUCGUGAUCAGCUCCUGGACCAGAAUGUUGCUUUAAACUUGGCUCGUCAAGAGGCUGAGAAGGCAAUUCAUGCACGGAAUGAUUUCCUUUCUGUAAUGAACCAUGAGAUGCGCACACCAAUGCAUGCAAUUAUUGCAUUGUGCUCACUUCUUUUAGAGACUGAGCUAACUCCAGAACAAAGAGUUAUGAUUGAGACAGUGCUAAAGAGUAGCAACCUUUUGGCAACACUAAUCAAUGAUGUUCUAGAUCUUUCUAGACUUGAAGAUGGCAGCCUAGAGUUGGAUUUUGGAAUGUUCGAUCUUCAUGGAAUCUUCAAAGAGGCCAUUAAUCUUAUAAAGCCCAUUGCAUCCAUAAAGAAGCUAUCUAUGACUAUGAUCCUGGCACCUGAUUUGCCAAUGUACGCUGUUGGUGAUGAGAAACGGCUUAUGCAAACCAUUUUGAACAUUGUUGGUAAUGCUGUGAAGUUCACAAAGGAGGGCUAUGUUUCAAUUAUAGCUUCACUUGCAAAACCAGAGUCUUUAAGAGACUGGCGACGUCCUGAAUUUUACCCAGUGUCAAGUCAAGGCCACUUCUACUUACGAGUCCAGGUUAAGGAUUCUGGUUGUGGUGUUCUCCCACAAGAUAUACCAAUUCUUUUUACCAAAUUUGCACAGCCGCGCAGUGGAUCCAGUCAAAAUAGUGGAGGUGCUGGACUUGGACUUGCCAUAUGUAAAAGGUUUGUGAAUCUGAUGGGAGGGCACAUAUGGUUGGAAAGCGAGGGUGUUAACAAAGGUAGCACGGCAACAUUCCUCAUAAGGCUCGGGAUAUGUAACAACCCGAACGAUGCAUUGAUCCGUCCUCAAGUUUCGUCUCGUGUUAGAGCUUAUCAUGGAAGUGCAGAUCUGAGUGGACAAAAACCUAUAUUAAGAGAGAACGAUGGUGGUGUUUCAGCCAAUGCACGAUACCAAAGAAGUCUUUAAAACUAUUAAAAGUGGGGAGCAAAAGGUACAACGUUUAAAAAAAUAAAAGAAAGGCAAGUAAAAGAUUGUGUUAUAAUUUUGCAUUAUUUUAUUGUUGGAUGAUAAAAGGUGAGCAGUGCUGUUUAAAACUGAAUGUUUCAAUAUAUCUACAUGUUGAAUGAAGGUGGUCAGUUAACCAUAAA